AUGUCUAUCCAAUGGUACUCUCACAUAGCCCCGUUCAUUGCGAAUGCGCCAAUGUUCGGGUUUGCUGAUGUCAAGCUCGCAACCACCGUGGCCAAGGCCGGCGGAUUCGGAUUCAUCGGCGGGGGGUAUGAUUUCCGGUCCGAGUCCACUCAGCUCUCGACGCUAGAUCGCCAACUGGCAGAGGCUCGUGCCGUACUUGGUGUGAAAGACGAGCCACUGCCGCUGGGGGUGGGCUUCAUAACCCUCCAGCCCGAUGGAUUCAUCGCGAAUGCCAUCCCCAUUCUGCAAAAGCAUCAAGUGGCGGCAGUGUGGCUUUCUUUCCCCCAGGCAGAUGCUGACCACGGUGCCCUGAUACAGGCCAUUCGGGAGCAACAGGACUGGGACACUAAGGUAUUUGUCCAAGUGGGCACCGUUGCAGCGGCCAAGGAAGCCAUUCGGCAGGGAGUUGAUAUCCUCGUCGUGCAAGGCACAGAUGCCGGGGGACAUCAGUGGCUUCGUGGGGCAAGCCUGAUGUCUCUCUUGCCGGAAGUGCGAGACCUCUUGUCAGAAGCCCAAAAUACGACGACUGCCAUUCUGGCGGCGGGUGGCAUUGUCGAUGGGAGAGGUGCCGUUGCUGCUAUGGGCCUAGGUGCCGAUGGAAUUGUCAUGGGUACAAGGUUCCUCGCCACUGUGGAAUGCCCAGCCCCGUCUGCCAUGAAGCAGACUAUCUUGUCAAGUACCGAUGGUGGAGUCACCACGAUCAAGUCUGUCCGACACGACGUUUUUCAAUCGACCGACGUAUUCCCAAGACAGUACGACGGGCGGGCUGUAAUUGGGAUCAACUACCAGGAGUCCGAGGCCGGAGUUGAUGACGACGAAGUCAUCCGGCGCUAUAAUGAGGCUCGACAGGCUGGCGAGGACCAGCGUCGGACAGUUUGGGCGUGA